AUGGGCUCUCAAAAGAGACAGAAGUCAGCAUUGUAUCGUCGGCCAACACAGAAGAAGGCUGUCCGCGAUCAGAGAGAUGAGCCUCGUGCAUCGUCGUCCAUCUCAGUAAAAGAUCAAAUGGAAGACAAAUACGAAGACUCACUGUCAAGCAGCUCUCUUUCAGACAUCGACGAUGACACCCUGAAUAGUCUUGGUGAAGAAAUAGGCAUAUCUGAUUCCCCAGACGAAGAUUCAAGCACUGAUUCUGAGCCUCCAGGACCCCUUCAUACAUGCGUACACCCGCAUCAUUCACGGUUUUCUGCAGCCCGUCUCCCUCCCAUUCUUUUCAGAUUAGAUCCGCCUUCUCAGCCCAAGCAGACUGGCCAUAUUUUCCCGUUGCGCGAGGGGGGCAAAAUCGUGACAAACGCAGAUGGCACACCGCUUCGCAACUUCUCCUUCCUCCCUCGACCCGCGGUUGACAUACAAGGACAUCAUCGCGCGCAUGGUUGGCGAGCUGGACAAGCUGCCUACGGAAAACACCCUCAACAUGCGUCGAGAGCGCGAAGCGAGAGGACCGCUGGGCCUGUCCUGCUGGUCGAACAGCCGCUCGAAGAUCACGCGGGCAGAACUCAGGCGCGUCGAGGGGUGGAAACGGACCAAAUAUGGCACAAUACGACCAUGGACAUCGAAUACACGCCUGGUAUGACGCCGUUCCGCCUCCGUGCGAAAACGCUUGUCGACGUUGAUGACGGCGACGACGAUGACGAUGAUGAUAACGCACCCUAUCGCUAUUAUCCCCUCGACACCUUCCUCGAGAAUGGUCAGCGGCGCCAUGUGCCCAGCCCACGCACCGCCGCGGCGAUAAACUUCUUCUACAAGCUCGCGGAACAGGCGCUCAAGGAAGGCCUCGAGAGCUGGGAGGUUCUCUACGCCAAGGAUCCGGCUGCGAGCAAGCACAUCCUGAAAACGUCCAAGAAACGUCCAUCCAAUGGUAGACUGGGGUCAAAGCGUGUUCGACGGUUGCGGAUAGCGAGUGUAGAGAGCAAUGAAUGA